CUUGAUGAAAGAUUUAAAAUUACUAGAUAGUGUCAAAAUUUAACUAAAAAACAAAUAAAGUCUAACAAAAAUUGAUGAAGGACUUUAAGCAGAUGUAUAAAUGAAAAAAUAUUAGAUUUAUGAAUUGCCUUAUAAAGACUUGUAUUAUGCUAUCAAAGUAUUUAAGGAGGCAACAUCUCAAGAGGAAAGAAUUGGAGAAGUUUAAGCCAGCCAAAAAAUCAAGAGUAAAUAUAUUAUAGUUUAUGUUUGGUAAUAUCAUAUAUUUAACAUUUUUAGUCAUGACCAAGAAAAAUUUGAAUGGAUAUUAUAUGAAAAAUUUGGUGACUAUAAUCUGCAAUAAUACCUUCAAUAUUUUAAACUAGAAUAAUAUCACGUUAACUAUAUUUUUACUCAAAUUAUUGAAGGAUAUCAUGACAUUUUAUCGUCUGGAUAUUACCACUGUGACUUAAAGACGGCAAAUGUGUUAGUGAAUUCAUCCACAUUAAACAUCAAAAUAUGUGAUUUAGGAUUUGCAAAUUAAAUACAACAAAAGAUAAAUUGCCGAAGAGGAUCAAGAGGAUAUUUUGCUCCUGAAUUCUUUCAGGACGAUGUCAUUAGUCUUAAUGAGAAGACAGAAGUAUUUGCUUUAGGAGUCAUAUUGUAUUAGUUGUUAACAAAUGAAUUCCCUUAUACUAAUUAAAAUAACUGUUUAAAAUGGAUAUCAAUAACAAAAAGUAAUUGGAAAGAUUUUUGGAAAAACAAAAGAAUUCAUUAGUAAUAUAAAGAAAUAAUAUAGAAUAUAUUUGAAAUGGAUCCUAAUAAAAGAUGUAAUAUAAAUUAUUUAUAAAACAUCUUUCAUUUUUGA